GUCUUCAGGAGUGGGCUAAAACUCACCCAUUUACACGUAGCAAAGGAAGGAAUAGCCAGUCCACACCUCUUGGAUUGUAAAAAUGUUCCUUUUCAUUUUGUUGUGUUUACAUGUCUCGUCAGGCAACACUGUUAAACAAAAACUAAGCACUGUUAAAGUUAAACCAAUGCUGACCUACACAUUCAAUGUGCACACUGGAGACCGGGCUGUCGCAGGAACCACCAACUGUAUCUUCGUUCGAAUUCACGGGAGUAAAGGUUCAAGUGAGAAUUCAAACCUGAACGGCUGUUCAGACCUUCGGCGGGGAUCGGCACGGCAGUUUCAGCUGAACGUAACCUCUUCAGUGGGAGUUCCCCUGGUCAUGGAGGUGCGGUCUAAGCCUUUUCUCGCCAUGGAUAACCAGUGGUUCUGUGACCGGAUCUCUGUCACUACGCCUGAGGGUGAUGCAUAUGUGUUCCCAUCUUAUCGCUGGCUCGACUCUCACACACGAUUGACUUUGAGAUCUGCCACAGCUAAAUUGAAGUUCAAUGAUGCCAGUCUAGUAACUUACAAUCAGAGGAGGAACCAACUGAGAGAGUCUCGCAAGCAGUUCAGAUGGUGUGUAUACUUGGAAGACUAUCCUCAGACCAUCUGUGCUGAGACAGCGUGGGAUCUCCCUAUUGAGAUCCAGUUCACACCCACCAAGACAACAAAGUUGUUCACCACUCGCUUGGAACAAUUGGCGAUGUUUAAGCAAAAAGGAUUAGCCGAUUCUGCAAGAAAGUGGAACAGCUUCCUUGAACUGGAGAAAAUGGUCCCUGAACGGAAAGGCCACAUCUAUGAGUACGUUCAGAAGCACUGGGACAAGGACGAGUUCUUUGGCUACCAGUUCCUGAACGGCAUCAACCCCAUGCUGAUCCAGCGCUGCUCAGACUUGCCUGAGAACUUCCCGGUCACAGAGGAGAUGGUCAAACACUCCCUGAAUGGAAGCACCUUGAAGGAAGCGAUGAUGGAGGGGAAUAUCUUCCUGGUUGACUACAAGAUGUUGGAUGGGCUGAAGGGGAAUGUGAUCCAUGGCAGACAGCAGUAUGUUGCUGCUCCACUGGUCCUGCUGUAUUGCAGCCCAGAGAAAUUGAUGUUGCCCACUGCCAUACAGUUAAUGCAGGAGGCUGGAAAAGAGAACCCCAUCUUCCUUCCAACUGACUCCGAGCAUGACUGGCUUCUGGCUAAGGUCUACGUCCGAAAUGCGGAUCUCCUUGUUCAAGUUUUUGAUUCUCACAUUACAAGGACUCACACCCUGGCAGAGGUGUUCGGUAUGGCAACAUUACGAAUCCUUCCCACUGUGCACCCGCUCUAUAAGCUCCUCAUUCCCCAUACCAGAGACACAUUCAAUGCCAAUGUCUUUCUACGACAGCGGCUGCUUGUUGAUGGUGGAGACAUUGAAGUGAUUGCAGGACUCAAUGGAGUCUCAUGGCGGAAGUUGAUGAAGCGUGCCGCCUCGUCCCUGACCUACUGCUCCCUCUGUCUGCCUGACGACAUCUCUGAGCGAGGCCUGGAGGACGUCCCCAACUACUACUACAGAGAUGACGGCAUGAAACUGUGGGAUAUCAUCCACAAGUUUGUUAAGGGGGUCUUGGAGAACUACUACACAUCCGACGACUAUGUCCGGAAGGACACCGAGCUACAGAGGUGGAUCAGUGAGAUUUAUGCUAAAGGAUUCCAGGAGAGCACAAGCACAGUACCAAAGUCUUUCAAGACUGUGACGGCACUCGUUAAAUUUGUCACCAUGGUCAUCUUCACCACAUCAGGCCAGCAUGCUGCAGUGCACUCAGGACUGAUGGACUUAGUUGGCUGGAUGCCCAACGCCCCAACUAGCCUCAGUGAGCCCCCUCCCAAGGUGAAAGGCCAGACCACAGAGGAUUCCAUCCUGAAGUCCUUGCCUGAUCAGGCCUCUACUGCGACAUCAUUGCUCGUCCUUGAACUGCUCAAGGAUCAUGCUGAUCCCCCCCUGGGUUAUUUUCCAGAAGAAUGGUUUGGGGAGGAAGUUCCCCGUAAACUCAUCAAGAACUUUCAGAAGGACCUGCACGUGUUUUCGGACCACAUUGAGAAGAGAAACGCCAAACUCAAGCUGCCCUACACCUACCUGAACCCCAAGAAUAUAAAGAACAGUGUAUCCAUCUGAAGAGACUCUCUAAGCCAAUGUUCACAGGGUUACUGGAAUAUGCUGUACUGGAAACAAUAAACUGCUGAAUUCUUUUUUACCUAA